GUUUUUCAUUUUGGGCGGCCUGUCUGAGCCACAGUCAUGGUGUGCAUUCCCUGUAUUGUGAUUCCUGUCCUGUUGUGGGUCUACAAGAGGUUCCUGGAGCCUUUCCUCUAUCCUUUUAUUUCACCAAUAAUUAAUACAUUCUGGACUAAAAAAGCCGUCCAGGAGACUGGAACCAGUGACCAAAAAGUCAGUGAAAAGAGCAAUGGGACUCUCAAGGCUGAAAGCAAUGGUGAUGCGACGGCCAAUGGAUCCACUAUAGCAGCAGAUAAGAAGACGGAUUGACAGCUCCAAAUGUUUAGAAUGCAUCAAACACAAUGUACAUAUUUCAUUAAUAUAAAAUAGAGAAACUAUAAAUUAACUUAUCAGUCUUCUUUUAAUGGAGUGGUUUUAUAACCUUCCAAACCGUGUGUACCUUGUUUUAAUUUUUUCAUUGACAGUCACUUUAAGAACUUGGUAAUUGUUCAAAUAUUUUUCUCACUAAUCAUGGAUUGAUACAUGCAUUUUACUGUAUUGAAUAUUCAAUGUUAAUGGAAUCGUUUUUCUAUGUCAAACCUGCAGUUUAAUGAACGAAUAAAAGAAAACCUUCAAAAGA